AUGAUGAUGAGAUAUCGCCAACAUCAGAAGGUAAAAAUCAAAGCCGAAGCUGGAGAUGAUCUGGACAGCGAAAGCAAACCAGCCGGCGAUUAUGAUGACGACCAUGGGCCUAAUAUAGGACUAUGUUUCGAGGCUGAUCUGAUGGAAUCAGCGAGUGAUGUUGAAUAUUAUUGCAUUGAAAUGCAUCGAGACAGUCCCCCAUUAGCAAAAAGUGCCAAGUUGCCUUUCCAAGGAAGAAUGGCUGAGGAGCUGAACGGGAAGGAUGAACGGAUACAGGCGAAAUAUGUGAGAGAGCAGCCGAGGCAAGUGGAAUCUAUUAGGCUUGCCCAGAGAUUUUUUCGAACGUGUGUAAGACAAUGUCUAAUGGAAAUGCGUCUCAGAAAUUAUCAUGCAUAUGGCAGUAAGACGAUUCGGAUCAAGAUUGCUUACGGGUGA